AUGGUGCUCAUCAAGGAAUUGUGAGUGGCCGGAGCGGGGAGGGGGAGGGGAGGGGUCCUUCCUCCGGCCUCGCCCCCCAGCGCCGCCCCCGCCCGACUCCCCCCGACGAAGCCCCGAGGCGCUCAGGGGAGCCAGGCGGAGGGACGGAGGGAGGCGGCGGCCGGCCCUGGGGCGCCUCCUGCGCUUCUCGGUGGCUUCUGCGCGGUUGGGGGGGGGGGGGAGAGCGCUAGUCUUGAAGUCCAGGCCGGGCCGGCUUGUAUUUUGCUAGCUGGCCGGGUUUCGUGUGGGCUUCUCCGUGAGAGAGAAACUCGGUCGAGCAGAAGGGGAAGAUCGCUGGGAAGGCAAGUCGCCUCCACUCCUGGCGAGCCCAGGGGCCGCACCUGCGGGGAUGGGUUGAUGCCAGUUCCCCUAAGAAAAGCAACAGCUUCAAUUCCAGACAAUGUCAGAUGGUAUUUAACUAGAAGAAACGCGAACUUUCUGUCUGGAGGCAGGAAUAUUUUCCUAUCCAUGUGGAGCUUUGCUCACUCAUAAGGAACUUGGGGAGGGCGUUUAAGACCCUUUUUGAAACGUAUGUUGAGUGGGAUACAUAAAGUUAAGCAGAAUUUAGAUCCUUCUGAGCCUUGCUGGACACUAUCCUGUAGAGUGAGCUGCUUUGGGUUGUUCCUAUUUUAUUUCAGGGAAUACGGGAUCCAGUGAGCAUCUUGUGCUAUUGACUGGGCAGCACUUGCGUUAUAGAAUUCCUGUAAUGUACCUGAAUGUUUCGUAUUGGAGCCAAACUUCAUUACAGGGUUGCAGUCACAAACACUUUUGUGGAAAGGUUUAUCCACAGGGAUGAUAGUUGAUUCCAAACCCCAGUGGUGAAAUGUGAAGUUAUCAUCUAGGUUUAAUCAGUGAUACUGAAGAAAUGAGCCCUUAGGCAUGCUUCACUAAGUUCAUUGAUGCAAUCCAGUGUCUGGAUCUGUGCAGGAGAGAGCUUUGCGUCCUGCUGAACCUAUUACUUUAGCUAGGAGUUGUCUUUUUUAGUCUCUGCUGUUCAAUGAUGCGUGGGGGAAGGGGGAAAGAGGUGGAGGGGGAAUGGGGGUUGGGGUUGGGUGGCAAUGCUUCUACAGUCAUACCUCAGGUUGAAGUAGCUUCAGGUUGAGCUUUUUCGGGUUGCGCUCCGCGGCGACCCAGAAGUAACGGAAUGCGCUACUUCCGGGUUUCGCCGCUUGCACAUGCGCAGACACUCAAAAUGACGUCAUGCGCGGAAGCAGCGAAUCGCGACCCAAGCAGACGUGGGCUGCAUUCGCUUCAGGAUGCGAACGGGGCUCCGGAACGGAUCGCAUUCGUAUCCAGAGGUACCACUGUAUUCUACUUAGUGAACGUGGGGGUUUUGUGUCAGCAUCAGCUGUGUGGGUUCUCUUUACUAUUCGCUUGUGGUGAGAGAGUUUAGGGGUGGCCCAGGGUGUGGUUGUCUUUGAUUGACUGUAGUGAAAUCUGUUUUUGUUUGUGAGUGGGGUGUGUGUGUGUGGUUUUGGAACAGGUUAGCCAGAUUGAUUUGUAUGCUGUUGGUGGGUUCUUGCUGUUAUCUUGUUGUGUAUGUGAUAAAGGGUAACUAUGCCGGGGUGAAGACGUCUUCUUUGAUUUUUCCCCAUGGCAGUUUCAGUUUGUUGGUUAGUUUUUCUAAUAAGACUGUUUUGCAUACUAUUUGAUACCAUUACUCCUGACAGGUCUCUCCAGUGUCAGGGUUUGAUGCGUCUGGCUGCUGAGAGAGUAGGUGGGUUAUGAGCUCCUUGUGAUGUGAGUGGGCAUUGUCUUGGAAGAUGUUUAGUAGGGCCAGUUCUGGGGUGACUUGUAAUACUUGCUUAGUUAUUUUGCAUAUUUCUUGUAUGAUUGAUGUCCAUAAGAGUUGGAUUUUAGGAUGUUCCCAUCACAUGUGGAGGUAUGUGCCUGUGGAGGUGCAUCCUCUCCAGCAUUUUGGUGAGGCUCCGGGGCGUAUUAGUGUUUGUGGUUUUAGGUACCACCUGUAAGUGAGUUUCAGAGUGAGUUCUUUUCUUUUCACUGAUACAGAUUUAAAGGGAGGUUUAGACCACAUUCUGGUCCAUUGGGUGGGGUUAAUCUCAAAGCCUAUGUCAUCCCCCCAUUGUUUUUUUAUUACAUUUAGGGGUUUUGUGGGAUUUUGGAGUAGUAUUUUGUAUAUUGCGGAUACCAUCCCUUUGCCAUGUUUUCGAAGGUUGUCAGGAGCCUAGUUGCUGCUGACUUUACUACUGGAUUGUUUAAGAGGGCAUGUAAUUGGUGGUGUGUUAGCCAGGCCAUUUGGGUGUCCCCUAGUUUGUCUUGUGUUUCUUGUGUUGAUAUGGGUUUGUUAUUUUUGUAGAAAUCUGUUAGGUGGUAUAAGCUUUGGUUUGCCAGGUUUUUAUCUGGAGGUUUUGUGCUGCAUGGUGGAAUAGCAAGUGGUGUGCCAGGGGAAUUAGUGGGGAUGGGGUUGGGGAUAGUUUACCUAUUUCUUUCCAUUCUUUAAGCAUGGUCUGUGUGAACCUGUUUAGUGUUGUGGGGAUUUCCCUUAGUUUGUUUGGGUAUGCUGUGGUGUGGGUAUUUUCAGUUGUAUUCCUCUCCAGGUGUACCCAUUGUUUUGUCUCGUCUUACAGGAUGUAAGGGAUUAUGUGGUGAACUUGGUUGGCAAUGUAAUACGCUUCUAUGUUUGGGGUUACCCAUCUUUCUUCUGAGGAGGGGAGGUGCAGGUAUUUGGGGCUUAUUCUUGUUUUUUUGUGAGAGAAGAUAAAUGAGUGUAAUUUUCUCUGCCAUUUGCAAAGUUGGGCUGGAGGAAUCCAGACUGGGAGGGUUUGGAAUAGGUAUGUUAAUUUUGGGAGGGUGAUAAUUUUGAUCAUGGCUAUUUUGUGUGAGAGAGUGAAGCUGGUGUUGUUCCACCUCUUCAGGGCUUUGUUGAUUUGUCACCACAAGGGGUUGUAGUUGUGGAGGUAUAAUUUGUUGAGUUUUCUGGUUAUUUCUACCCCUAGGUAUCUGAACUUGGUGCGGCAAAGUUUUAUGUUGGUAAUGCUGGUGAAUUCUUUUUGGGUAUGGGGCAGCGGCGUUGAAGCACAUAGCCUCAGACUUUGCAAAAUUUACCUGUAGGCCUGACACCUUUGCAAAUGUGUUGAGUUCAACACACAUCAACAUUCUACAUGUCUGGAUAGGUUUGCCUAAACAAAAAUGUUUUAGCAGGUGCUGAAAAAGAGUACAGUGAAGGCACCUGCCUGAUAUCAGUAGGCAGGGAUCCAUUUCAAUCUAGGUUCAGGUGUGGUAUUUAGAGAUGAGAAGGCCUGGAAAAAACCUGGAAAAAUGAGGGGGAACCAGUCCCCCCCCUUUUCCCCAAUAGAUGGAUAUAAAGGACAAAGGAGGCUUUUCCCCACCCGAUCUGAAAUUAUACUAUGAGGCAGCCUGCUUCACAUGGCUGAAAGACUGGUGCAUGCUGCAGGACCCAGAGCUCCUAGAUUUGGAGGGCUUCAAUAAUCGAUGGGGACGGCACGCUUACCUGAUAUACAGGAAAGCCAAAGUCCAUAAGUUCACAAAUCAUAUAAUAAUUUUGCAGUCUAGGAGAAAUAUAAAGACCUGUUGGAGCCCAAAGUCCCGUGGUGGACUUCCCCAAUAGAAACCUCUGCGGUGAAAAGGAAAAAUACCCAGGAAAUUUGGCCAACAUACAAAACACCAGAUAACCAACUAAAACUAAAAAGUUUUGAGGAAAUAAGAGAGUUCAUUGCAGAUUGCUUCCAAUACUAUUAGGUAUAUGAAAAAUUCAAAUCUGAUAAACAAAAGGGUUUUGCACUAGAAACUUCUCGACUCGAAUCUGAGCUAGUAAAUUCUAAAACAAAAAACCCCUUUCAAAAGUAUACCAACUCCCCCUUGACUGGGAAGUCAAGGAGGGGGAGGUUACAACGACCAUGGUUAAGUGAUUACAAGACUUUGGGCACUCAGUAACUAUGUCCCAAUGGGAAAACAAUUGGAAAUUUACAAAUUGUUAUUCCUUAAGAGAGAAUUUCUUAAAAAUGCAUCACCGAUGAUACUUAACACCCUGAAAACUCUCGAAGAUGUAUAAAGGUGUCCCAAGCUAAUGGGUGGGAAAAGGGCACCAGAGUCGUGGAAAGAAGCGUAUAUUACACUUGUACCGAAAAUAGAGACUGAAAAGACCCAGCUUAAGAACUACCGCCCCAUAUCACUGCUCAAUGUGGAUUACAAAAUCUUUGCAGACAUUUUGGCUAAAAGACUAAAAAGAGUCCUAAUGGAAGAGAUACAUAAAGAUCAAGCAGGCUUUCUCCCGGGUAGACAUUUGUCUGACAACGUGAGAAACAUAAUCAAUAUUUUAGAAAAACUACAAGUGAAUAUAAAUACCAAGGCAGUUUUGAUAUUUGUGGACGCGGAGAAAGCCUUUGACAAUAUUUCUUGGAGUUUCAUGAAGAAGAACCUACAGGGGAUGGGGGUAGGCCAAGGCUUUGAAAACGGUAUAAGUGCAAUUUAUUCAGAACAAAAGGCUAAAUUAAUUGUAAAUAACGUGGUGACGGAGGAAUUUAAGAUAGAAAAAAGGGACACGACAAGGUUGCCCAAUCUCCCCAUUGCUAUUUAUAUCGGUCCUGGAGGUCCUGCUGAAUAUGAUUAGAAGGGACCAAUUGGUUAAAGGUAUACAAGUCGGAGCUAAACAGUACAAAUUGAGAGCAUUUGCAGAUGACUUAGUAUUGACAUUGCAGGAGCCAGAAUCUAGUACUAAAAGGGUUUUGGAACUGAUUCAAGAAUUUGGUCAGGUUGCAGGAUUUAAAUUGAAUAAGUUAAAAACAAAGGUCUUAGAGAAAAACUUAACUGUGAUUGAGAAAGAGAGGUUUCAGAAUGAGACAGGUUUAACAGUGGUUAAGAAAGUGAAAUACCUGGGGAUUAACAUGACAGCAAAAAAAUGGGAAUCUAUUUAAAGACAAUUAUGAAAAAUGCUGGCCUGAAGUGAAAAAAGACUUAGAAAUUUGGUCAAAUUUGAAGCUUUCACUGCUAGGCCGUAUUGCUGCGAUAAAAAUGAAUGUAUUGCCUAGAAUGUUAUUUCUCUUUCAAACAUUGCAAAUUUUGGACAAAAUGGAUUGCUUCAAGAGGUGGCAGAGAGAUAUCUCUAGAUUUGUCUGGCAGGGCAAGAAGCCUAGAAUAAAAUUUAAAAUAUUAACGGAUGCAAAGGAAAGAGGUGGAUUUGCCCUGCCAGACCUUAAACUUUAUUAUGAAUCAGCAGCUUUCUGCUGGCUGAAAGAAUGGCUGCUUCUUGAAAACACAGACAUUUUGGACUUAGAAGGUUUUAAUAAUGUAUUUGGAUGGCAUGCAUAUUUGUGGUAUGAUAAGAUCAAAGCACAUAGAGCAUUUAAAAAUCAUAUUGUCAGGAAAGCAUUGUUUAAUGUCUGGAUAAGAUAUAAAGACCUACUGGAAAAUAAAACCCCAAGGUGGCUGUCACCGAUGGAAGCGAAAGCUCUGAAAAAGCUCAAUAUGGAGGUCAAAUGGCCGAAAUAUUGGGAAAUUCUGGAACAAGAGGGAGAUAGACUGAAAUUGCAGAGCUUUGAGAAACUAAAAAACAAAGUGCGAGAUUGGCUUCAUUAUUAUCAGAUAAUGGAGGCAUACAGUUUGGAUAAGAAAAUAGGUUUCCAGGUGGAAAAAUCAAAAUUAGAAACAGAACUGUUAGAACCCAAAACUAAGACUUUGUCAAAGAUGUAUAACUUGCUGUUGAAAUGGAAUACUCAGGAUGAAACGGUGAAAUCUGCUAUGAUUAAGUGGGCACAAGAUGUUGGACAUAACAUAAUGAUGGCUGACUGGGAACAGUUAUGGACCACAGGUAUGAAGUUUACGGCAUGUAAUGCCUUAAGAGAGAAUAUUAUGAAAAUGAUAUACAGGUGGUACAUGACACCAGUCAAGCUUGCAAAAAUCUAUCACUUGCCCGAUAAUAAAUGUUGGAAAUGUAAAGAGACUGAAGGUACAUUCUUUCACCUUUGGUGGACAUGCCCAAGGCUUUCUGGGAGAUGAUCUGUAAUGAAAUGAAAAAGGUAUAUAAAUAUACCUUCCUGAAGAAACCAGAGGCCUUUCUCCUGGGCAUGGUCAGCCAAUUGGUGCCAAAGAAGGACAGAACUUUCUUUAUGUAUGCCACAACAGCAGCAAGAAUACUUAUUGCAAAGUAUUGGAAGACACAAGAUUUACCCACUCUGGAAGAAUGGCAGAUGAAGGUGAUGGACUAUAUGGAACUGGCGGAAAUGACUGGCAGAAUCCGAGACCAGGGAGAAGAGUUGGUGGAAGAAGACUGGAAGAAAUUUAAAGACUAUUUACAGAAAUAUUGCAAAAUUAAUGAAUGUUAGAAUGAUGUCAGAAUGAAAUUAAGUGGUCUUAGCAGCAAUGUCAUAAAGGUGUAUGUACAAACGGAUUGUUAACAGAUGAGAAUCUAAAGUUAUAAUACGUUAAGUUAAAGGAUUAUGACAAAAACAAAGAGGGAAAGGAAUUGCUGAAUUAACUAAUAUAACUGGAAUACAAAAAAGGGAGGUGUGAGGAAGUCAGGGAAGUAAGGAAAUGAAAUGUAAGUUAUGGAAAGAACGAUGUGUUUUUGUUUUUUUAAGUGUUUUCUAUUUUGUUUUGUUUUUUGUUUUUUAUUUCUUUUUAUUUUGCUUUCUUUUUUUUUCUUUUUAUAUAUGUAUUUUUUUCUUUGAAACUUUAAUAAAUAUCAUUUAAAAAAAAAAUAAAGGUGUCCCAAGCAAUUGUUGGAGAUGCGGAGAUAAAUCAGGUACUCUCCAUCCCAUGUGGCGGCUAUGUAAGAAAAUCCCGGUAUUUUGGGAGAGCAUCCAUUCAGAAUUACAAAAAAUGCUAAAGAUCUCCUUUAACAGAAAACCAGAACCCUAUCUUCUGGGAGUUACAGAUUUGGAUAUCCUCCCAAAAAUGAAGGGUGUUUUUUUAUAUGCUAUGGUUGCAGCAAGAGUUCUUAUUGCUGCAAAAUGGAAGAGUGAUAAAAUCCCCUCUAUUCAUGAAUGGACUCAAAAAUUGACAGAAUAUGCAGAGUUAGAUAGUCUAUCAGAAAAAUAAAGAAUAAACCAAAACAGGAAUUUGUCUCAAAAUGGGAGGUGGUCUUUAAAGUAUAUUUGAAAAAUAAUUACAGCAGUUUAAACUCUGUUGCUUUAAGAAAGACAUGAGAUCUUAGACAAACUAAGGAUUAGUUAAAUUAUGAUAAAAGUGUGUAUUGGUAACAAGUAAUAUAUAAUUGAAGUAAGGAAUAGACGGGAGGUCGGGUCUAUAGUUCAAAGGCCAAAUCUUGCUUUAUUGUUUUGUAAAUAAUUUUGUGUUCGUUAUUAUUUUCAUUUGUAUUUUUAGUUUUCUUCCUUUUUUUCCUCAGUGUGUCAACAAAAAAGCAAAUAAAAAUUUAAAAAGAAAAAAACGGCUUUGGGAGAAAAACGGGGGGAAACUGGUUUCCCCUCCCAUAUUUUCCGGUUUCCCCCCAGGCCUUCCCAUCUCUAGGUAUCCUAAACUGGAUCAGUUGAGUGGGCAUGGUUUAUAGUGUUUCCACUCCUACCUCCAGAUAUUUAGUGGCACAUUUUCACAAGCCCACCAUUAAAGUGCCACUAAAUAGCUGCAGAAAAAAUAACCUGGUGCCCAGGCAAUCAGAUCCAGUGUUGCCUCUGGUGGAGGGGAAGGGAGAAAAACCCAGGAAAGAAGAUCGCCCAUAUCCUUGCAGUUCUCUGAAGGGGUGUGUGCCUUUGGUGCUUCCCCUUAUGAGGACCUGGCAUUAGUGACAAGCCCAGUCAAAAUCCCUGGAAGUCAGAGGGUGGGGGGACUGAAGUGGCAGAUUAAGCUGAAAAGGGCUGAAAGGAAAAGGAGCCAGGGGAGUCUUUCCCCACAACCCUGCUGCUUAUCUCUUUCUCGGACAUGUGAGAAAAGCAGCACCCCCAUAAAAUUGCAUAUUUACUUAUAUGUAUAUAUCUGUAUAUAUAAUUAACUAUAUUGGGACGUGGGUGGCACUGUGGGUUAAACCACAGAGCCUAGGACUUGCCAAUCAGAAGGUUGACGGUUCGAAUCCCCAUGACGGGGUGAACCCCCGUUGCUCGGUCCCUGCCGAUCUAGCAGUUUGAAAGCACACAGUGCAAGUAGAUAAAUAGGUGCUGCUCCGGCAGGAAGGUAAACGGUGUUUCCAUGUGCUGCUCUGGUUCGCCAGAAGCGGCUUAGUCAUUGCUGGCCACAUGACCCAGAAGCUGUCUGUGGACAAAUGCCGGCUCCCUCGGCCAGUAAAGCGAGAUGAGCGCCGCAACCCCAGAGUCCGCGACUGGACCUAACAGUCAUGGGUCCCUUUACCUUUAAUUAACUAUAUUAAUAGUAUAUAUUAAAUAUAUUGAACACUUUAAUUUACAGUAUGAAAAUUUAAUUCAGUAUAUGGCCCACAGGUUCUGUGUCCAAGUCCUCUUGCAGCCCACUUGGUAUGAAAAGUUGGAUAGCCCUUUUCUAGAACAAAAAACACUGCAAAGCUUAUUAGCCAAUUCUUGUUUGUUUUCAGGGCAGGAUUUGAGCUUUCUUGUAGUUGAGUGAAACUGUUCCACCCCUUGCACCAAGAAACUGUUUUAUCUGCAAACAUAAAUCCUUAGCCAGCCUUGUACUGUUGUGGGCUCUUCCUCUUGCCAGCCCUCUUUCGAAGUUGUCUUACAUGCAUGGCCUCUUCUCUUUUGUCUUUCAGCCGUGUGGUCCUGCCCUGCUCUGUCCAAGAGGUACGUGUCUCCCUGCCCCGUUCCCCUGGUGAUCAAAUUUUUAUUUGGAUUGAAUCAAGUUAGAAGCUGCCUGCUGCUUUUCCUGGCAACGGUUGCCCCAUCCUUCCGAAAAUGGAUCGGCUGUCACCGCCCAGAGAAGUGUCACCAAUCCUUUGCUGCUCACAAGGGCCUGGCAGCUGCUUCCUUGUUAUUUGGGAUUAUGUGACUCUGGUUACUGGUGAAGAUAUGAGUUUCCAGCCAGCUCUCGACUCCCCUUCAGCCCAGGAAGAUGAGGGUGUGAAAAGGGGCUGGGGUUCCCCCUGGCCCUGUGCUUGGAUGGGCAAGGCAGUUCGGCAGGCAAACAUUUAUCUGCCUUUGAAGAUGGUUCAGCUGCCUGGAUGUUUGUGUUCAGAGGACAUGAAACUGGUUCUGUGUCAGAUACUUUGGCUACCUGCUUUCUUCUGUGAUAAAUUGACCCUUAAAGCUGCAAGCCAGGAGUGCCAGUCCUGCAGCCUGUGGGCCAGAUUUAGCCAACCAUAUCAUAGGAAGUGGCUGGCAAAUGCCAGCUUUAUACUCAGAGUAGAAAUAGUCCUCUGUCUGCUUGUUAAUAGUGAAAUGCAGUAUUGCUAGCCACCUCAUCUCUUAAGUGGGUGUGUGGAGAAAGGCUUCUUUUUAAUUUGCACAGAAUGAUUUACAAAACAAAAGGCAGUGUUUCCAGACAUACCCAAGUGCUGGAUUGGGGUGGGCUAGAAGUGCUCGGUGGGGUUGGGAGUGGGUGCUUUGCUCCUGCAUGACUGGUGAGUUUAUAUAUUUGUGUGUGUGUAUGGAUUUAUUUUGGCUGUGUCUGCCACUGGGGUGUGGCCCUUUAAAAAAUGACUGGCUGUCAGUGCCACCCUUGGGCCCCCAUUCCUCCCUGAAUGCCUUGGGGCCAGAGUGCUUAAGGCUCACCUGCCCAGGUGCCAAGCACCAUCACAGGGGCUCUGCUACGGUUACCAUUGGUGGAUACAAAAGACAGAGUCCUUUUCAGUGGAGGCUACAGAUCUGUGCAUGUCCCUCCCUCCCAGAAGGAGGUCUGUCUCUGACUUCUUCCCUGACUGCUUCUAAGUGGGCUUUAAACAUGAUAUUUUAACCUGCCUUUAGCUGAAGCUUUAAACUAACAUGUUCAUUGAUCUUUAUUGGGAAUUGUUUUGCUUUUUUAAAAAUUAGACAUGUUGUAAAAUGUUCUUAAGAACGAGUGUAAGCCGUCUUGGGAAACAGUUUUCUCUUGAGCCUUAGCAGAGAUCUCUUGGUGAAUGGUAGUUCUGUAUGUGGGGUGCCAGGAGAACCUCUGGCUGUAUUGGAGCAUGGGGUUUUAUUGGCCAAAGAACAGAGCAUUGUGGGGACAACAGCAAGGGGAACUCUUGUGGGGUUUCCCUUAUGCUGGGCUUUCCCAGCCAUCCCAUAAAUAUCACAGUUAUGUGUGGUGGGCUGCUGAAAGAUACGAGGCACUUUACAAAAAAAGAAUCUUAACAUUCCUUUCUCCUCCCCCCCCCCCUUAGUAUCAAGUUGGACAACUUUAUUCUGUGGCUGAAGCCAGUAAAAAUGAAACUGGUGGUGGUGAAGGGAUCCAAGUCUUAACCAACGAGCCUUAUGAGAAGGAUGGCGAAAAAGGACAGUAUACGCACAAGAUUUACCACCUGAAGAGGUAAGAGAAGGGGCUGCUUGCAGAGAGGUGUGCCUGAAAGAGUGGGGUGACUCAGCCUUAAUCCCUGAUAGGCAGCCUGGGGGCUACAGGAGCUUCCCUUUCUGAGUGCCCCCCUCAGCUUCCACUCUUGAGGGCACGACAGAUAUCAGCAGCUGGGGUGGGCUGGAGAGACAUCCUCCUUCAGACUUGAUGACCUUUCCUUGUCCACCAUACCUCCCUCCCUCCGACCUUGUUGGCAAUGCGACACUCUUGGAAAGAGGCAGAGCUGAGCCCCUGACUUUAGUACAACUGUAUUUGCCAUUGCUGAGGCUGUGCAUGCCAUAGAAUGUGUUUGUGUAAGGGAUGCCUCUUGGAGCAGGUGCCUGGACCAUACUUCACUUGGCAAGGCUCACAUCUGACAUCCCACUUUGGUUUGUUGCAGCAAAGUUCCUGGGUUUGUGCGGAUGUUUGCUCCAGAAGGUUCGUUGGUAUUCCAUGAAAAGGCCUGGAAUGCCUAUCCUUACUGCAGGACGAGUGAGUCUCCUUUCCCCAUUCUUUGGCUAUGUGGUUUCAAAGGUAUUCAAGCAAAACACCACUGUGGGGCCGGGCCAGGCAGGAAAAUAAUCUGCCACUUCAGUCCCCCACCUCCACCCUCUGACUUCCAGGGAUUUUGACUGGGCUUGUCACUAAUGCCAGGUCCUCAUAAGGGGAAGCACCAAAGGCCUGAACCCUUCAUAGAACUGCAAGGAUAUGGGCGAUCUCAAACUCUUCAGAGUUGUCUGCAACUGGGAUUGCUUUCAUUGGAGUUGUGGCUCAGUUCUGACCUGUCUGAAGUUAUAAAGAGCUGCUUUCUCAGGCGGGGCGCGGGUUGCUUGUGACCGUGGCUCAUGCAGUGUGUGCCUUAGCCUGGACCUGGACCUUAGCAGGAGCCACAUGUGUCUGUGAGAGAUCACACCAAGCACCAAUCAAACAAGGGGUUCUUAAGCUGUGAUGUCCAGAGGGGCUUUUUUGCAGUUUGCAGUGCUUUGUUUUAUUUGUUUUUAGCUCAUAUCUUUUCAUGAUGCCUGCUUUGAUGCUGUUUGUAUUUUAGUAUUUCACAAGUAACCUUGAAUAUGGUUUGUUAGAGUGGCCAACCUGCCUUUUCACAAUGCAGCCACCAGAAUUGAACACAGUAUUCCAAGUUCACCAUACGUUUGGAUAACAGCAUUAUGAUGUGGUGGUGGUUGUUUUUUAAGUUAAAUUACUCUCAUUUAUUAAGUUAAAAAGCACCAACAUUUCAUUGAGGCCUAAGCUCUUCCUCCAUCACAAACUCAAAUCUGGCUGCAAUUUUUGAAAAGGAUCUUGACUUCUAAAAAAGGAUUCAGCAUUUAGGGAAUUCCAAGAUGCAGGAUAGAGACACGUUCAGAGCAGGCUAACAACCUCAAGGGAUCCCUCUCUGACGUUUGGGAGAUCUCUCCUCUCCCAGGGUUCUCUUCUUGCAAGCCUAAGAGGGGGAAUGAGCAGCAGGGGUGGCUGCCCCAGCGAUGGGAGAGAGGGUGCACGUGGGGAUGGACUGGGGGUGUCAAGGGCCAUGGCAAUCCAGCUGAGGGUGAGGAGGGAACCACCAUAAGGUGCUGCCUUGGUCAGGACCAGGUCCCCUGUCACUGUGUAGUAAUACAGGGCGCCGGAGAACAUGCCCAGGGAUAGGAGGCUGCCAGCCAUCAAGGGAUAGCGGCUGUGGGGCACAGCCAGGAGACCAGGCUGUGGAGGAAGUGAUAUUUGUUGGCUGUCUCAUAGAGCUCUUUUAAGUAGACAUCCUGGUCACUCUGAGGGAAACCAUGAGCCCUGUAGGUGGCUGCCCUGACUGCCGCAGUCCCACUCAGUGCUCCAAGCCAUCGGAAAAAACCCCCAGCACCUGCAGCCAUUCUUAUCCCCAAGUGAAAAUGUAUCCACUGCAUUAUGAUGUUGACGUUAUUUUAGAUCUCUAUCACAUCAAGUUUUAUUUAUUUAGGUUGUAUACUGCCCUAUACCCGUAGAGCGCAGGGUGGUUCACAACAUAAAAUUGCAAUACCAAAAAAGACAUAAUAAAAACAAAGACAACCUAAUAACCCCCCUAGUACUUUCUAGCCCUCAGGUACAGAAGCUGUUCUUAGGCAAAAGUUACUUAUAUUUGUUGUGAGACCAGCAAUUUCACCCUUGAGUUCUGUAAAUAAGAAUGUUGAGAUACAUUCAUACCUGUUUGUCUCCCUUUUCUUUUUCUUUCCAUGUCUUGGUGGGCUUCAGUUGUAACGGUGAGUACUAUGUUUCUCUUGGCUUGUGAAUAGGCUGAACUGUUGGCACCUUCGAAGCUUUUUAGCUCUUCUUGGUUGAAUGUAGGCACCUGGGUCCUCAGUGUGAGGUCCCUCUAUGAGGGGUUCAAUCUUUCAGGUGCAGUCCUGCUUCUAUGAUAGUACUCAACAGUAGAGUUACCACCCCUCCCCAUGACAGCCAUUUUGUGCUGGUGCCCACAAUGUUUUUAUCAAGGUAUGAGUACAGGCACCUCAUUUUUUUAAAAAAAAAAACAGCACUCUUACCUUUCUCUGAAAAUGGUUUCCCUCCUUCACAGCCUUCAAUCAGCAACACAUGCCACAUUCUGCUCUGUGAGAGCUAAACUGGGGGUGGUGGGUCAGACAAAAGUUUUAGUCUGUGGUGUGUGUAACACUUCCCCACUUGCCAUCACAAUACAGCUAAAAUAAUAAAGUGGGGUGACGUUCUGGAGCUUGCCUGUUUGGGCAUUGCUGCGGUGUCCCCUCCCCAACACGGAUGUGGUAGCUGUGGCCAGGAUCCUACAAGGAUGGGCUGGAGGGGAGUCUUCUCUAGUUCAUGUGGGUUGCUUAGUGGAGGGUAAGUGUGUAAGGCAGGGUGCAGAGACUGCUGCUCGGGGCGGGGGGAGUCAUUCAUGAUGGAGUUCCAUGUUUAUUUUAUGUAGGUAUUGCCCAAUAGUUAGGCAGCUUACAGUAACAAUAAUAUAAAAUGAUAAACAAUAAAAUAAAAAGCAGGGAAUUUAAUUAGGCCAACCUCAAAACAAAACACCCCAUUGGUGGUCUGCCUACAAAUGUUUGCCUGCCCUGUUACGCAGGAGGGUUAGGGAGGGUGGAGAAAGGUGCUUUGCCCUACCUGCUCUGGGCAGUGCUCUCCUCUGAAUCUGCUGUUGUGGGGUAUAGGGAGGGGACAUUUGCAGGAAAGAAUCUGGUUGGUUGGAAGCUUCAAGCAUUCUCCUGCUUCCUGACAGUUCUCUUCCUCCACCACACAUGUACUUGCCUUUGAGUUGGGGGUGGGAAUCAGGUUUGCCUCCCCCCAUCCCUGAUUGUCUCUCUAAAGACCAGAUGGAUAUAUUGCAAAAGACUGGAAGAGGAUUUACAAAUGAACCACAUUAGUUACUGCCUUAUUUAUCUUUUAUCUUUGAUAGAAUGA